AUGAAGUUUGCGCAUUCGUUGGUGUUCAACUCCGUCCCCGAGUGGACGAGUCAUUAUCUCAAGUAGGUCAGCCUCCGCGUCCGAGUUUCGAUGAUAAGGAUCAGCGCUCAGCCUCCCCCAAAACCCCAAACUGAUCGUUCCCAUCGGUACAACAACUACAGCUACGAAGCGCUCAAAGCGGCCAUCUACCGUUUCGAGAAACAGCAACUCGCUCCCCCUCCGACCGAAUACACCGAUCUCGAACGAGGAGCGGACUCGCCUCUGCUAGGCAAUGGCAAUGGCAAUGGCGCAAGUGCCAACCGCGCAUCGAACGACAAGCUCUUCACGCGCUUGCUCGAUCAAGAGUUGAACAAGAUCACUGAAUUCUACGUCGCCAAGGAGAGGGAGCUGUUGGGUGAUCUCGCCUUGUUGCAGGCCGACGUGGACAGGAUCGAGGAUGAGACCUCCCAUUUGAGUGGGCAGGGCAUGACGUCCGGUGCAUCCGAUUCGGAGGACGAUCGUCAGGAUGACGACGAGGAAGGGGACGAAGGCGUCGCAGCCAAGACGAGCAAGAUGCUCAAAGGCGCGAUCGAACAAGUCUUCUCGAAUCCAAGGAAUUAUGAUGCCGCGAAUAGGGAGGCGAGGAAGGCGAGGCGGAAGAGGGCCAGCUCAUUCUCUAGGUCCAUCGAGGGACUUUCGGGUGGCGAAGGCUCGGGAGGGCGAAGGAGGGCGAGAGCGCUUUCGAAUGCGAGUGCGACGUCCGGCGACCUGUUGGGCAUCGACGACAUUCAGGAAGAGGAACAGGCGCAGAAUGGUGGGGCCCACUCGGCCGAGUUCGGCAGAAGGGCGGUGAGAAAGAUCGGGUCCAAGUCGUUCGGCACGCCAUCGAGGAAACGAGAUUCGAGUCGUUUUACGACGGGCAGUAUUGCCAAUGAGGAUGAUGAUGAUGGGGUCUUUGGUGGGACGAGCGAUUGGGCAAUCGAUACGAGGAUCAUGUACAAGAGGAGGAUCGCGGCGCUCUUUACGGUGAGCUCCGGUGGUUACGGCUCUGCGGUUCGCAGGUAGAGCUCAUGAGCUCAUCCCUUCCUCGAGCCCCGUGCAGGCCCUCUCCGAGCUCAAGCAAUACGUCGAUCUCAACUACACUGGUCUGAGCAAGGUCCUGAAAAAGUGAGGACAGAGGUUUAGGCCAACUCAAAAGGAGCAUCAGCUGAACCGCAGCGGUACUCCUUCACAGGUAUGACAAGAUCACCAACUCCAAGCUGCGAUCCAAGUACAUGUCCGAGGUCGUCGACUUGACCUUCCCGUUUGAAGCCGUCACGCAGGAACGUCUCUCGUCCGCGAUCAAGGUGCUCGUCCCGCUUUACGCCAACCUCGCGACGGGUGGCGACAUCGAUCAAGCGACGAAGCAGCUCAAUGCCCAUUUGCGCGAGCACGUCGUCUGGGAACGCAACACCGUUUGGCGCGAGAUGAUUGGUCUUGAACGACGAGGGUGGGGUGCUGGGACAGGCGCACCGAAGCGAGCAGCAACGGCGAUGCCGAUCAUCAAAGGGGACGAAACGAAGAGCGCCGAAGGAGUGGCGAGUCGGUCUUGGCUGCCUGCGUGGCUCAAUACCCAGGUUGUUGGGGGUAGUUUCGCGGUGCUGCUGUUCUUGACGUUGCUCAACCUCGAGCUUUUUGAUCGCGUCGAGGAGGGCAACUGUUUGGCGUUGCUGGCUUUCGUCACCAUCUUUUGGGCGCUCGAGGUGAGACACAGAAAUGUUCCUCUGCGUGUUAAUAUGCAUGCUCAUGAGCGACUUGUAUGAGUUGCAGAUUGUGCCGCUGUUCGUCACAGCCCUGAUGGUCCCCUUCCUCGUCGUCGUCCUUCGCGUCAUCCGUUCGACCGACGGCGAGGACCGUCGACUCACCGCCUCGGAAUCGACCAAGUACAUCUUUGGUCAAAUGUUCAGUCCGACCAUCAUGCUUCUCCUCGGUGGCUUUACGCUGGCCGCCGCGCUGUCGAAGCAGAAUAUUGACAAGGUCUUGGCGACCAAAGUGCUCUCCCUUGCCGGGACCAAGCCAAAGUAUGUCUUGUUGGCGUACAUGCUCGUCGCGUGCUUUGCGUCGAUGUGGAUCUCGAACGUCGCUGCACCCGUGUUGUGCUAUUCUUUGAUUCAGGUGAGGCUGGACCCAGACACAUCGCUACCAUCAAUAACAGUGCUGAUGUUCUGGGGGCUCCUAUCCUCACAUAGCCGAUCCUCCGAACGCUGCCCCAGAAAUCGCCCUUCUCGAAAGCUCUGAUUCUCGGCAUCGCACUCGCAUCCAACAUCGGUGGCCUAGCAUCCCCCAUCUCGUCACCUCAGAACCUCAUCGCGCUCGAGUACAUGAAUCCUCAAGUCUCCUGGCUCGGUUGGUUCGCCGUCUCGAUCCCCGUCGCGACGACAACGAUAUUUUGCAUCUGGCUCAUCUUGCUGUGGUCGUAUCGCUCGGGCAAGGGAUUGGUCAUUAAUCCGACGAGGGUUAGUCGGGAUCCGUGGACGAAGACGCAGUGGUUCGUCUCGGUCGUGACGAUCAUGACUAUCGUUUUGUGGUGCGUCGAGACGAGGUUGGCUUGGCUGGUCGGGGACAUGGGCGAGUUUUUCACCUUUCUUGAUCGAUCAAAAACUUUACGGUCUUGCUGAUGCUUGUUCCCCUUGUUUGCGCGCAGGCAUCAUCGCCAUCAUUCCCAUCGUACUCUUCUACGGAUCCGGCGUGCUUCGCAAAGCCGACUUUGAUCAUUCGCCUUGGUCGAUCGUGAUCCUCGCGAUGGGCGGCAUCUCGUUAGGCAAAUCCGUCCUUUCCUCUGGAUUGUUGGACGACCUCGAUCAGGUCGUCGAGGACCUCGUUUUGGGACUGGACAUUUGGCCCAUCCUUGCCUUGUUCUCCGUUAUCGUGUUGGUCAUCGCAACGCUGAUCAGUCAUACGUGAGUUGGGGUGGAACUCGAUCCGAAGGAACAAGUAGCAGCAGCGGGGAACUGAAUUCGUUUCCUCCCUUUCUCUCUUCGGACGUUGGUUGCCUCUCACCCCAGCAUCGCGGCCGUCCUCGUCGUGCCUAUCGCCGCUCGGAUCGGAGCAGCGAUGGAAACGCCCCAUCCAACGCUCUUGAUCCUUGCCACGGCCUUCAUUUGUUCGGCGGGGAUGGGUUUACCCAUCUCUGGGUUCCCCAACCUGCAAGCGAUCAACGUCGAGGACGAUUUGGGCGAUCGGUAUUUGGAACCGAGGGACUUUUUUACCAGGGGUAUUCCGGCGAGCGUGGUCGCGACGACGGUGAUCAUCACGCUUGGGUAUGGGAUCAUGAGAGCUUUGGGGGUGUAG